UUUACUUGCGUCCAGUUGGUGGAUUAACUUUAUACAAGUUGUUCGUUUGCGGCAUUAAAGUAAUACAGGAAAAUGAAGAGAAUCGUACUCUUCGUCUUAGCGCUCGUUGCUGCCGCGAUAGCAAACGAAGAAGAGACCGUGAAACAUUUAGCUGAAAAAUUCGAAACAGAUGUGCAGACAGUAGAGAUGUGUUUUCAAGAAGCUGAUACAAAUACAGCGGAAAUUCAUGCUGCGCAGCAAACAUUUAUGGAAAUGAAGAGUGAAAACGAUCUCGACGAAGAAACCAAAAAAGUUAUUAUGAAACAUGGUCGUUUUCUGGCAUGCAUGCUGGAGAAAAAAGAUAUGAUGAAAGACUCAAAGCUGGUUCUAGACAAGAUACUUGAAAUGAUGGAUUCAGAAGAAACAAAGCACGGGCCAAGCAAGGAAGAUAUAACAGAAUGCGUGAAUGAAAUAAACGAAGCCAAUGAAAUGAAUAAGGAAGAUAGGGCACUAGAAUUAAUACUCUGCUUCAUGGACGAUCAAGAAAUAACGGCGAAAAAUAAAAAGUGAAAAGGGUUUUGUAUAACAUGUUAAUGCUAUCUGAAUCGGAAAUUGUGAUAUUUCUUAUAUUGUGUAGUGGUAGCGUCGUAAAAGAGAAAUUUCCGUCAUCGGGGUUUUAUCGUCGUCAAAGCGAAAUAAAAAUAAAGUUUUCGCAAAUUUAUCAUAAAUCUUGUUACUAAUAAAAAAUUAUAGUGCUGAUAUUAAAAUAAAACAUAGACUAAUUAAAUA